GUCAUGCAUACUAUAUGUGGGCAGGCAAAAAACUGAAUCAAAUAAAUGAGUGCCAAACGAAAUUAUUUGGGAAUGAAACAGAAAUAACAAGAGAAUUUAAAUUAGACAUGGCAACACAAGAAAAAAUUAUUGAAAAUUAUUUUAAUGAAAAUUCGGAAUUUAAGGAAGCAUAUGAAAGUUAUAUGAAAACUUGUCAUACAGAAAAUGAAAUUGAGGUAUUUUAUCGAAGCUAA